AUGGCAAGUCAUGGUGUUCGGCGCUUCAAGCUGGUGGAGAAGACCCCGGAGCAGCGGCAGCAAGAGCUGCAGAAGAUAGAGGAAUACAAAUCUCUCGAGAGUUCCGUGUCGGAGAAGGUUGCUGAGCAAGAUUUCACAGCCGAUACGCUGAAGAAGAUCUCCGACUUGAUAGGCCGCAACCCAGAAUAUUAUACCGUCUGGAACUAUCGACGACAGGCCCUUCGGCACCAGUUCUCGGAGACAGAGAACUCCACUGAAGAAAAUGCAUCCGUAGUGAUCGCAGACCUGAUCAGAAAUGAUCUGACAUUUUUGAUCCCCCUCUUGCGCAGCUUCCCCAAAUGCUACUGGAUCUGGAACUAUCGCCUUUGGCUCCUCGAUGAAGCACGCCGGCUACUCCCACUAGCUGAAGCGCGCCCAUUCUGGGAACAGGAGCUUGCCUUGGUGGGUAAGAUGUUGACUCUGGAUAGUCGCAACUUUCACGGCUGGGGCUAUCGGCGCUUGGUGGUGGAGACCAUUAGGCAACUGGGUACUCCAGAUGAGGCGAAGAGCAUGACCCUGAAGGAAGUCGAAUAUGCAAAGAAGAUGGUCGGAGCCAAUCUGUCCAACUUCUCCGCUUGGCACUAUCGCACCAAGCUGAUUCUUCGGAUGCUGGAGGAACAAUCUGCUAGCAACGGGGAGCGGAGGAAGAUGCUGGACGAGGAGCUGGAGCUCAUCCAUCAAGCCCUGAUCGAUCCUUAUGACCAGUCGCUAUGGCUCUAUCACCAGAACUUGAUGUGCGUUUUUGACCCGUCGGUGGCGGAUCGGACAAUGGCUCCGAAUCUGAGCACGUCAGAACGACUUCAAUACUUGCGGGACGAAAUCGAAGCCAUUCAGGAGAUGCUUGACGGAGCAGAGGACUGCAAGUAUAUCUACCAGGCUCUAAUCGAGUGCACACUGCUGGCAUCGAAAGUAGGGGGCGGCCUGCAGCAGGAUGAUCGGGAUCAGAUUCUGAGCUGGCUCUCAGAGCUGAAGAAAAUAGAUCCACUUCGGCAACAAAGGUGGCUGGACUUUGAAAGAAGCCUGUAA